AUGUCUUCGAACGACCCCCACCACGAGGAGCAGGAUGAAUAUCUGCAGGCUGACGAUGCCGAGGAGGUCUUCGACCGUGAUGAGGAUCAGGAUAUGGACGUCGAUGGAGAAUAUAACGACGAAAACAUGACCAUUGAGGAUGAGAUUACAUUCCAGAACGACUCGGCCGCACACUUCGACUCUCACACCGACUCUGUGUUCUGUGUUGCGCAGCACCCCGUUCACAACCAGAUUGUCCUCACUGGCUCUGGAGACGACUCUGGAUAUAUCUUUGACUCAACUCCCGCACCUCGCCCCGUGCUUCCUUCCAGCUUUGAGACGACCCCUCAGCCACGCGAGCGUGAAGCUCUGACCCCUCUUGCCAAGCUCGACGGACACACUGACACCGUCAACGCGGUGACUUUCACCGAACCCGCUGGUGAAUAUGCCAUCACGGCUGGUCUGGAUGGCAAGCUGCGUGCCUACCGCGACACCACCCCCCAGAAGACGGGACUUGCCUGGGAAUUCUUUGGCGAGGCUCAGGAAGUGGAGGAAAUCAACUGGAUUGCGGUUUGUCCUUACCAGAAGGGCAGCGAGGAGCACAAGAACGUCAUCGCCAUCGGUGCCAACGACGGCAGCGCGUGGGUUUUCCGUAUUGAUCACACCGACCCAUCCAACCCCAUCUCUAUCAUCCAAACUUUCUUCUCGCACACCGAAUCAUGCACCGCAGGUGCCUGGACACCCGAUGGAAACCUGCUCGCCACUGUCUCCGAAGAUGGAAGCUUCUUCGUCUACGAUGUCUUCGGAGCUGCCGCCGCCGCCGGUAUCGAGUACUCCCCCGGUACCAAUGCCAUCCUUAGCUUGAACGCCGAGGACCAGCGUUUCGCCGUCAUUGGUGGUCUUUACACCAUUGCCAUCUCCCCCAGCGGAGGUAUCGCCGCAGUCGGUGGUGCCGAGGGCAACAUCCGUGUCGUUGGUCUUCCCCGAAUCACUGCCUCUGGCCCUUCAGCAAAGGGCAAGGGAGCAGCCCCCAAGUCCGCCGGUGCCACCGCAGCAGGCACCAUCAUGGCCUCUCUGCAAACCCAAACCGACAAUGUCGAAUCUCUGUCUUUCUCCCAGGCCCCAUUCACCCUUCUGGCUGCUAGUUCCGUCGAUGGCUCCAUUGUGAUGUACGAUGCUGCUCACCGGUUCGCGGUCCGCAGACACAUCCAGGAAGCCCACGAUGGAGCCCCCGUUGUCAAGGUUGAGUUCCUUCCCAGCCACCGCCAGGCCGGUGCCUCUGUCUCUGGACCCCUUGCUUCCGCCUCUGCGGCUCAAAAUAACCGCUCCUGGAUGCUCACAUCUGUCGGCCUUGAUGGUGUGGUCCGACGCUGGGAUGCGCGCGGUGGUACUACCGCUGCUGCUCAGGGUUUGAUGCAGGAGUGGAAGGGACACAUGGGUCUUACUGAGAAUGAGGAUGGUGAACAAUCUGGUGGUAUCAUGGGCUUUGUGCAGAACUUCGAUGGAAAGCGUAUUGUUACUGCUGGCGACGAUGGCAUCUCCUUGGUGUUUGAGGAGUAA